AUGUCAAGGUCCGCGACACCCGCGUUGCCGCUGCAUAAUGCACAAACCUCCGACUCACCGCGACCCUCGUCUACAAACCCCUUAGGCGGACGGACUGAUGUUCCGUCAUCGGCCUCAACUUCCACAUACUCGUGGCUCGAACCUCACGAAACCGCCGAACGAUUACAUACAUCCUUGCUACAUGGCUUGGCCCCUGCAGAAGCGGAGAUCCGUCUCGCUCGCGAUGGUCCCAAUGAACUUCCCCACGAAGAACCAGAGCCUCUCUGGCUGCGGUUUUUGAAACAGUUUAAGGAGACCCUCAUUCUUCUUCUUCUGGCAUCUGCAGGAAUCUCGUUUUUGAUGGGCAACUAUGAUGAUGCAAUCAGUAUUACACUGGCUGUUACAAUUGUAGUUACGGUCGGCUUUAUACAGGAAUAUCGGUCGGAGAAAUCACUGGAGGCGUUAAGUCGUCUCGUGCCGCACUAUGCCCAUCUGAUUCGAGACAUCCCACCAACCACCGUCAACAAUGGGACUCAUGUAUCACCGGACCGUCGCGAGGAAUUCGAAGAACUCAGGAGUAAGAGCCCGGCGGCCGCGUCUGCUGCCAUGAAGGCUUCCACGACUGUUCCCGCGGUUGAUUUGGUUCCUGGAGAUUUGGUUCUCUUCUCUACUGGUGACCGUAUUCCAGCUGAUAUUCGAAUUACCCACGCGACAGAUCUGAGUAUCGACGAGUCUAACCUGACUGGCGAGAAUGAGCCUGUUGUGAAAUACGCGGAGGCUCUUCGUACCGCUCGUAAUGGUGCCGUCCAUGCUCUCAAAUCCGUCAGUCCUCCACGAUCUCCUUUCUACGAUGCUCCUGCAAGCGGUGCUGUUGGUGCGGAUGUCCGUUUGAAUGAGCAGCACAACAUUGCCUUCAUGGGUACUCUGGUUCGGUCGGGAUACGGACAAGGAAUCGUUAUCUCAACUGGUGCAAGGACUGAGUUUGGUAGCAUCUCCGCUUCGCUGCAGGAGAUCGAAAGCCCCAGGACUCCCCUGCAGCUAUCUAUGGAUCGACUCGGCCAAGAAUUGAGUUAUAUCUCGUUUGGUGUCAUUGGUCUCAUUAUGGUCAUUGGCUUGAUUCAAGGUCGUAAACUUUUGGAAAUGUUCACUAUCGGCGUCUCACUUGCUGUUGCUGCCAUUCCAGAGGGUCUUCCGAUCAUUGUGACGGUGACGCUUGCUCUGGGUGUACUCCGUAUGGCCAAGAGAGGCGCUAUUAUGCGCAGACUUCCUAGCGUGGAGACUCUGGGCUCCGUGAACGUUGUCUGCAGUGAUAAGACUGGAACUCUGACAAUGAACCAUAUGACUGUGACCAAGAUGUGGCACUUUGAUUGCCCCGAGGCAUUCGAGGUUCAACGGGACAUGACUUCGGUGAUUGCACCGGGGCCAGCAGCACGCACUAUUCUUCGGGUCGGCAACAUUGCGAACAAUGCUCGGCUUUCUCGAACUCAUGCAAACUCUCCAGCCAGUGCCUCGUCCGCUGCCGUUCUGUCCUCAACUGUCGACCGGGACUCAAGUGCGGUGAAGAGCCGAUGGGUCGGUCAGCCCACCGAUGUUGCAGUCCUAGACUUGCUGGAUCACUUGGGAGAGGAUGAUGUACGUGACCGAAUCAGUGCUCGUGUGUCCGAAACUCCCUUUAGCUCUGAACGAAAGUGGAUGGGUGUGAUUAUUGGCAGGGAAGCUCAGAGCGGGUCUGAUGUGGCCUACAUCAAGGGCGCUCUUGAGCAAGUUCUUGCUCGUUCUGAUACAUAUUUGACAAAGGAUGGACGAGAAGUUAUUCUGGAUGAGCCCCGACGCAAGAUUAUCCGAGAUGCUGCAGAGCAUAUGGCCUCUGAAGGUCUGCGCGUUCUGGCUUUCGCUAGUGGUACCGUGCGCGACUCAUCUCGCGGUAUGAAAGGAUUCGGUAGCCGCUCCGGCACUCCUGUUUCCAAGGCCAGUCCCAGAGAUGACGACGACCGGUAUAAUGGACUAGUAUUUGCUGGAUUGGUUGGCAUGAACGACCCGCCUCGCAAGGACGUGCACAAGUCUAUCCGCCGUUUAAUGGCCGGUGGAGUCCGUGUCAUCAUGAUCACAGGCGACGCUGAGACAACAGCCGUGGCCAUUGCGAAGAAACUUGGAAUGCCAAUUACCGAAUCUGCGGGUGCGCGGUCAGUCAUCCGUGGUGAUGAACUCGACCGUAUGACCACUGCUGAGCUUUCUCAAGCUAUUGCCACUACAUCGAUCUUUGCUCGCACCAGUCCCGAUCACAAGAUGAAGAUUGUGCGUGCGCUGCAGUCCCGUGGAGACGUCGUUGCCAUGACUGGUGACGGUGUCAACGAUGCUCCUGCUCUGAAGAAGGCCGACAUUGGCAUUGCGAUGGGUCGACUGGGCACUGAUGUUGCCAAGGAGGCAGCUGACAUGAUUUUGACUGAUGACGAUUUCUCGACUAUUCUCCGAGCCAUCGAGCAAGGCAAGGGAAUUUUUUAUAAUAUCCAAAACUUCAUUACGUUCCAGCUUAGUACCAGUGUUGCUGCGCUGAGUCUUGUGUUGCUUAGCACUACAUUGGGAUUCAAGAACCCGCUCAAUGCGAUGCAAAUCUUGUGGAUAAAUAUUCUCAUGGAUGGACCACCUGCCCAAUCCCUGGGUGUUGAGCCCGUUGACCCCACAAUCAUGAACCGCCCUCCGCGUCCCAAGACGGCACGUGUAUUGACGAAACCCCUCAUCCAACGUGUUCUGACAUCUGCAAUGGUCAUUAUGUUGGGAACCCUUGCCAUCUACAUCCACGAAAUGGGAGAUGUAACCGACGGAUCACCCAUCGACAAGCGAUCUCGCGUAGUGACUGCCCACGACACGACCAUGACAUUUACUUGUUUUGUUCUGUUUGACAUGUUCAACGCAUUGACCUGCCGUAGCGAAGGCAAAUCGGUCCUUAGAGGCGAGAUCCAAGUCUUUGGAAAUAAGAUGUUCAACUAUGCUGUUCUCGGUUCCUUGGCCGGUCAAGCAUGUGUCAUCUACCUCCCCUUCCUGCAACGCGUUUUCCAGACCGAGGCCCUGAGCUUUGGAUCUCUGUUUAAGCUUGUUUGCCUUGCAAGCUCUGUAUUCUGGGUGGAUGAAGGUCGUAAGUAUUAUUAUGCGCUUAAUCGGCGCCGUGGUCUCGGCGCUGGGUAUAGUGUCAAUGUCUGA